AUGUCUAUCCCCACCUCUGCUGCUCCGACCUCGCCCGCUGCUCCCACUACUUCCGCUGCUCCUACGCCCACUGGCACUGGCCGCGUGGAAUCAGUCUAUUCGUCUCCAGCCUCCCAGGCUGAGAACGUUUGGGAGCACCAACGUGAGCAGCGUCGCCGAGUCACGCGCCUUAGCGCGGAGGCCGACAUUGGUCUCCAAAAGCCCACGAUGGAACGGCUCGCGCCGCUGCUUGAUCUCCUCGCCGCUGACGCCAGUGGUGUGAGAUUGUUCGAUGCGCACGAGCCGCUCCGACACGACACGGCCAAACCUGACGUUUGCCGUGUGAAGGUGUCCACGGGGGUCCACACCAACCAAGUCGACGAAGGAUGGGCCCUGAAGUCUGUCGUUUACGAUAACCACCACCCUGGGCUCGAGUCUGCAUUGGCAGAUAUUGGGCUUAUCGUCUUUGAGGCGCUGGAUCGACGUACGGGAGUAUCGUUCGCCAUACCUGUGUCGCGUGAUGACUCGAAAGAGUGCUUCACCAUGUCCGCACCCCACGCUCUCGACGGUUUUCACGUCGACAUUCUCAAUUUCGUUCACGAUGUCCUGUGGAACUACACCCAAGUGUCGGAGGCGCUUGGUGCUAGAGGCUCGCACUACUGUCUCUUCUUCAAUUCGGACGUAGCUCCUCGAGUUUUCACGAGCAGCGGCUGA